AGAUCGCUUCCCACACUACUCUGUGAAGUGAUCGUGGCCGUCGACUGCGGUAGAAUUCUUGUAACGUGUAUAAAGCUUGAAACCCUAGUAAACUUACGUUCUCUUCGGGGUUUUUUUACACAGAGAGGCAUAACUCAGCGUAGCCAGCAGAAACCAUGGCCGUUCCUUUGCUCACCAAGAAAAUAGUGAAGAAGCGUGGCAAAAAAUUCAAGAGGACCCAAAGUGACUGGAAGAUUUCUGUGAAGGAAAACUGGCGUAGGCCAAAGGGUAUUGAUUCACGUGUGAGGAGGAAGUUCAAAGGAUGCGUUCUUAUGCCCAACAUUGGUUAUGGCUCAGAUAAGAAGACACGCCAUUAUCUUCCCAACGGCUUUAAGAAAUUUGUUGUGCACAAUGUCAAAGAGCUUGAAGUUUUACUUAUGCACAACAGGACUUACUGUGCGGAGAUUGCACACAAUGUAUCAACUCACAAAAGAAAGGAUAUUGUUGAGCGUGCAGCACAGCUGGAUGUUGUUGUUACCAACAAAUUAGCGAGGUUGCGCAGCCAGGAGGAUGAGUGAGCAUUGGUACAAUUUUGUUUCAAUAUUCUAUGCUUUAGGCUGUACUUUAAAUGAAGUGGUUUUUCAGAUUCUGCGAGUUUUUUGUCGAACCUGUAUGGGUUACUAUUUCUGUUAGUCACGCAAUGACUUCUAGAUGUUACUAUUUCAGUUAGUUACGCAAUGACUUCUGGAUUAUCAGUUA